AUGGUGACCGGUAAAUCGCAGCCUGGCAUCGAGCCAGUGCACUUCCCCGCCUCGCCCGAGCCCGUUCCCUCCAAUUCUCCGCCCUCCAGGCGAGAUCUCGCCUCGUGGUGGAGACAGUUCAAACGAAAUACGAGAAAGGAUGAUUUGAAAGCGGAAGCCCCUCGAGGUAUCUUCGGCGUGCCGCUUAACGUCAGCAUCAAGUAUGCGAAUGUCGCUAUCUCUCUCACCAACGAACGUGGUGAGAGCUUCAUCUACGGAUAUGUACCGAUCGUGGUCGCCAAGUGUGGCGUCUUUUUGAAAGAAAAAGCAACUGAUGUCGAGGGUAUCUUUCGACUCAAUGGGUCCGCCAAACGUAUCAAGGAUCUUCAGGAAAUAUUCGACUCUCCCGAACGCUACGGAAAGGGCCUCGAUUGGUCCGGAUACACAGUUCAUGAUGCUGCCAACGUCCUCCGCCGAUACUUGAAUCAGUUGCCCGAACCCAUCGUUCCGCUGGAAUUCUACGAGCGCUUCCGCGAGCCCCUCCGUAUCUAUCAGGAACAAGUCCUCCAGGAUAAGCAGGUGCCGGAUGCGGAUAAAUUCGACCAUGCCAAAGCAGUCGAGACCUACCAGCGCCUGAUUAUUGAGCUCCCUCCGCUGAACAAGCAGCUGCUUCUCUACAUCCUUGAUCUUCUCGCCGUAUUCGCGUCCAAGUCUGACCAGAAUCGCAUGACGUCGGCCAACCUUUCGGCCAUUUUCCAGCCCGGCAUGCUGUCCCACCCUCAACAUGACAUGGCGCCGGCCGAGUACAAGCUGAGUCAGGACGUGUUGAUUUUCCUCAUUGAGAACCAAGAUCAUUUCCUGGUGGGCAUGAGCGGCACCUGCGCAGAUGAGCAGCAAAUGAAGGAGGUCGAGGCCGGUAUCCCGUCGCGUCCGACCACGACUCAGUCCAAUGUUCGACGGUCCGUUUCCAGUGCCAGUGCCAGUACGGAAAGCCAACGCAAGCUGGACUCUAUUCGUCGCAAUGUUUCCAUCUCGUCUCGCAACUCGCGCACCUCGCGCACCUCGCGCACCUCGAACAACGCCCCCAGCCCCGGUACUCCUACCUCCACCGGGGGCGGCGUCCACCGUAGCAACACUCUUCCCUCGAAGAUGAGUCCCAUCGUGGCUACCCGUUUUGCACGAUCUGGUGAGACUGUUUCAAACAACCCGUCCGGUCUUUCCGUCUCCCACCAAAGCUCUCGAUCUGUCAGUCGAACACCGUCUGUGCGUGAGGAGCCCGAGCAGCGCAACCCAAGCAUAGCUCCGUCCACUUCCACCAUUGGGAGUGCCUAUGUACACACAUCAACCCACGGCCCGAUACCUGCCGCAGCAGCAGAGGCGCUCCACAUCAGUGAUAUGCCUCGUCCGCAAGACCACCUGCACACCCUUGCUUCACCACCACCACCUCCUCAAGCCGUGACUCCUAGUAAGGAACGUAAACUUUCCACGCUCUUUACCAAGUCUCCGCCUCCUGAAAAUGAGCAGAAGGAACCACGGCAGCCAAAUCGAUUGAAGAAGAGACGGAUACCGGGCAGUGCAAGCAUGAGUGCGCAGAGUUCAACAAAUUCCUUACAUGCAACACCCUCUGAGCUGAAUGUCCCGGAACCAUCCUUCGAACCGAGGCGCGGCCGAGAGUCGAUAGAUAUUGCCAUGGGCGAUAUCACUCCCAAACCUCCGACCACCGCCAACAUGAGCAACCUUGACGCCCCCUCGGAUUCGCACGCUCUCGGAGAAGGCGCAUCUCAGCUGAAUCAUGACGCCUCCCUCAAACCCCAUCAGUCCCGCACACCCUCUAUGAAUUCUCGAUCUUCUUUCACCGACCACUCAGAUUAUGAUCAGCCCGAGGACGUUGCACGUGCUGAGCGCCGAGAAAACAGACGGAGUUGGCGGUUCCAACGGUCGUCGAAACGAAGCAGUGAACAAGUCGGGCUUGGUCUCGCGUCUCCGCCCUUAGCUGCUACGUCUAUUGCAGCAGAUCAAAGCACGAGCUCGAUAGGUAGCGGGCAACACAGCACUGAUCCUUCCAGUCAACCUCUCAGCCUGGACGCUGGGAUUCAAAGUAACUCGUCACAGAGCGCUGAACCGGAGAAAAAGAGUCUGUUUGGUAAAUUCAAAGCCAAGGUGGCUCAGGUUCGAGACGGCGUCAAGGACGACCGGGAGCGGGCCAAGAGCCCCAACCAGUCAGACUCUGACCCAUAUUCCAGUCAACCGCUUUCUCCCACUGUGCCAAGUCAGAUCAACGGCAAACCCGCCCAUGAAAUGCCAACCGAGCCCCCAAAGGAAGAAUUGGUUCGUUCUCCUGUCUCGCCCUUGCCCGGGGCAGGAAUGCCUCCUUCAAUACCCGAGGAGCCACACAGUCCCGAAGCACCAGUCCAUGUACCUGUAGUCGAGUCAGAAGAGUCGACGCAAAAUCAGCCCGCAACUACGGUGGAGGCAGCCCCUGUUCUCGAGCACCUCGUGUCUGAGGCACCCAGAGAGGCUGCUGCGAAAGAAGCGUCUCCUUAA